AAUUGCAAUUCUGGGAUAUCUGAAAUCAUGCAGAAGCCACAGAUGACAGUACACUUGAGAACACCUCAAAUCACAACAAAAGUCACUUAGAUCCAAGAACCAAGAUUAAAAAUUAAAAUUCAUUGAAUGGAAAGGUUUUCAAGAUGGAAUCAAGUCUUGAGCACGAAGACUUGCUUAUAAAACUAAGAGCAAAGUUAAAUGAAGGUAAAAUUAAGUUGUGGGAUCCUCCUUAUAUUUCAAGUGAUGAUCAAAACACCGAGAGCUUUCUGGAGUUAGCAAAUGCAUAUGCCAUAGAUUUAUCAAUAGAUGUAAACAUAAUAAUUGAUGGACUGAAAGAGCUUCAGCAGCAUUCAAUAGAGAGGUCAAAAGCCAAUGAGGAGUAUAAAGAAACUGGAUGUGCUACAUUAAGAGUAAAAACUACAGGACCAGGCAACAAAGGUGUUAUCCGGGUUGUGAGGAAACUGACCAUAAUGGGAUCAGAGUUGAUGGAAACUGUUGCUGAAGCAUUAGGUGUUGAAUCACCAAGAGUGAAGCUAAUAUUUAAUGGCAAAGUCAUAAAAUCUGCACCAAGCUUGGCUGAGCAAGGAGUGAACAAUGGAAUACAAUUAAUGGCCCUGAUUAUGGCAGAAAGCCCGGAACAAGUGAAGAAGGAAGAUAAUAUGUAUAUGGAGAUGAAAGAAACACUAGAUGAUGCAACUCUGCUCUCUGAAUAUGUGGAUGAGUUAGCUGAUGAUGAAGAAUAUAUGAGGUUAGAAGAUCAAUCGGGGAAUACCAUAGAGUUGCCACGAGCAGAGAAAAGGGCACUCAGUGUUGGUUUGGCUAUGCAUAGCCGCGGGAGAGCUGCUAUCAAGAAACAUGACUAUUCGCUUGCGUUGGUUUUGCUUUUAGAAGCUGAUAGACAACUCAGCGAAUGUCGCUCUCAAAUCCUGAGUUCUGUGGACAACUGGGCUGUAUUGCAGUUGGAUAUAGCGUGGUGCUACCUCUGCCUACGCAGUUUGCAGUCUGCCAAUGAUGCGGCCACGAGACUCACUAGGGCCGAAUUGGCCUUCAGAAAGACUUAUGGCGAAGAACAUGAGAGAUUGAUAGCUUUAAAAGGGACUGCUGAAAACGAGCGUGUACUGUUCAUGCGGCUAUACUUACUGCAGGGUAUUGUGGCCUACCAUCAGAACAAACGACAGGAAGCACGUGCUCUGCUAGAGAAGGCAGAGAGAGAGUUGAACAGUCUGCAGGUUGACGAGACGUCAGUAGAAGCUGUAAUGGAGUUGGGAUGGAGCCGUGGUCAAGCGUGCACCGGCCUGAGAGCCACCAACGGGGACGUCAACCGCGCUCAUCAUUAUCUCGAAGAAAAGAAGAAGGAGAGAGACGCUGCAAGGAAGAGCAGCAGAGAUGCUAGAGAAAGUCGCGCGCUGGGUGUAUGCAUGGACGGGUCAACCGUGAGUGUCGACCUGGUGCGGUCGCUGCAGGAGAUGGGGUUCUCUCGACGUCUAGCCGUGCUGGCUCUGCGGAACUCAAAUAACAAUGUCACAGAUGCGGUCAGACUCAUCAACGACCAUCCAGAUCUGCUGCGAGACAGCGAUGCGUCGGAUCAAGACGAGACGUCUUCAUCGUCUGAAUCGCAGGUCGAAGCCGAUGCAAGACUGUUGGAAGAGUUGAAAAUAAUGGGAUACCCGGUCGAGCAGGCGUCAGCUGCUCUCCGAGCCGCUAACAACGACCUCAACACUACAAUAGAAAUGCUGAGCAGCGGGGACUGCUCACAGCCAUGUCAGUCAUCUAACCCAUCAACAAGUGAAAGUGCAGAGGCGUCUCGCAAACGACAGAAGAACGAGGAGAGGAUAAAAAAACGCAAGGCACGGGAGGAGGCUCUACGUCGGCUACGGAACGCCAUCAGAGCUGACGACGAAGAUUACCUGGACACCAGUCUGACAGACGAGAGCCACUUCUUAGCGCAGUACAAGUCGCUGCUCUAACUCAUGACGUCAUCGCACGUACAUCGCAAUAUUUUUUCACGUUUGUUUUUACAAUUGCGUUUGUGAUGAUAAUUUGUUGGAUCUAGUAUGCUCUUAACUUACCCUAUAGUUAUGGUUUGUAAAGUGGCUUUGGUACAGUUCAUCACAGCCCUGUUUCACUGCAACCAAUGUGAUCUAUUGUGAUAACCACUGUUAACUAAGCUCACUGCUAAGAUUGAUACUUUUCAUGAAUCUUAUUAUAUCUUUUGCAGUGAGCUGACGUAUCUCAAGUGGUUGAGGAAUUGGACUUCCCAAAGGUAUACAUUCAGAGAGAAUGUGUAACUGGGUUUCAUCUGCAAUAUUACAGAGUCUACACGCUCUGCAAUCUCUAGGACCUUAGAUUGGGAGGUGUUUUCUUAGUCUGCAGUGCCCCGUUAGAGUCCUGGUUAGAAUGCGUAAGUUUUCCCUACUUAGCCCUUGUGCCUCUUGUUGAAGGUUUGGUUAGGCUCUUGGAAUGGGUUUAACCCGGAGUGUUGCUAAUAAUGUACCCCAACAAGCUACUUCCAUGAGCGAGAUCUUCGCGACAAGUCCGCCCUUCUAUCGUCUUGUAAUCUCCAGGAGCUAACGAUUAUUCUGUAUGCCUUUUGCCAAGGAAAUAACGGAUAACAGCGACGAGUCGUCCCAUUGUUGUAAAAGGCAUAAAAGGCAUUUAUUUUCUCAAAAUCUAUUCCUUUAGAAUUCAUUUUGAUUUCACUACUAAUAUACUAGAUACUACUACCGCUUCGGAAACAAAUGGCGCUCUGAGAGACAAGAAGCGGCGUAAGAAACCCUCCCAGAAUUCUUUUUUUUUGCGCUCAUUUUAAUGAAAUAUACAAUAUUGUACUCUCAUUACUAGAAAAUAAUCAUAAUCUAGUCCCAUGCUGUCGUAUUUCUUAGAUAUUCAGCUGUGGAGUAGUAAAACAUUAAAAUUUAUUUAUAUAUAAUGCCUGAACUGACUGGGACUUCAUUAUAAAAGUGUAUACAUUUACCCUUAAAGCUAUUAUAUCUUAUAAAAUUUAAAAUCACUAUUAAGAGCAAAAAGUUAGGCCUAGGUAUAGGCCUGCUACGAUAGUUCAUGUUAGGCCUAUCGCAGACGACAGACUUUCCGUGACGCACUUUUUAGUCUGUGAUGAUAAAACCUAUAGAAUUAUAUGCAGUACUGCAUACGACCCGCAAACACACAUACAUGUUUGGCAGAGUAUCUUGACAGAAAUUUUAAAAGAAAAUUGCGGGAUGAAGUGUGCAAAUAUAGUUUUAGGACUGAAUGUCUAAUAUGAAAGAGUCGCUUUAAUAAUCUUUAUGAAAAAAUUCUUCUUAUUUUUUUAUAUCUCAAGUACGAAAUAAUACACCGCCACCUCUGUAAUUCCAUUGCGUGUACAUCCCUACAGUUCUGCCGACAAAAUGACCGAAAGUGUACGUCGUGUGCGUUGAGUCUGUGUAAAAUCUGCCAGACAUUUUGUCCGCAAUGCAGACAUUUUUUGUGCCGCUGACUCGAUAGCACAAAAAGUGUGUCAUCUGCGAUAGGCCUAAACACGAUUAAAUGUCCAAAGUUAGGCUGUAACUGCGUUUAGUUUGCGUUGGUGAAAUCCGAAUUGUAUCUGUAAACUCGCUUACACGAGUAACCUUAGUUAUAAUCGGGUUCUUCUACAAUUUUGAAAUCGGGGCGUAAUGAUUGUAUCUCGUGAUCAUUUUAAUCUUCUUCACAAUGUAUUCAAGUCUUCCAACUAUAUUACUUAAUAUUUUAUCAUAUCGUUUCUUUUAUACUAUGAAUAUUUAUAUAUUGCUGUUUUUUACUUCAUAUUUUUGGGAUUUUAGUACUAUUUACGUACUCUGCCGAUCAAUUGUGUCGGUUAUAAAUAAUUUUAUACGUUAGCUAAAAUGGUGUCUUAGUACCUAUGCAGUAUUUUGUGUUAUACGUUAUUAUUAUCACAUAUUAUUUGUUAAUACGUGCCAAAUUAAACUAAAUAACAUAAAAAAAAUAUUGAAGUAGGCGUUACUUUGCGGAAAUCCAUAAUUAUCCAAAUGAUUUGAGUUUUCUUUAGUGUUAAUUCCGCCAAUAUUUGUCUUUAAAUUCGACACGUGUAUCGCUUCUACACGAAGCAUCCUCAGGACGUGUUGACUCUCCAAAAUCUGGCACGAGACUCCAUCAUGACGAAUAAAGACAAAUAUUGGCAGAAUUAACACUAAAGAAAACUCAAAUCAUUUGGCUAAAUAACAUAACCUCCAUGUAAGACACUGAAUAAUGUGAGAUAAAUAUUUCCUUCUUGAGUAGCAAGAAACGUGCGCCCCUUUCGAUCUCUGGAUUGGAUUUGUACAACUCGCACGUUGGAACAUAGACGGAACUUUAUCAUAUUUACCACAUCGCUGUCUCGACGUCAAUUAGCUAAAAAUAAGCAAGUGUUUUCACAUAGACAUUCUAUAAGAUGUUGACACACCCCCAUUUUAAGACAAAGGUGGUCAUAUUUAAACAUAUUUAAAGUAAAACGUACCUUCUUCUUUGAAACAUAUUGUCGUGUAUGUGACAUGUAUAAAUUUGAGUACUGUUACGCAAUUGAACAAAUCGGUACUACCGCAGAUGACGCAGGCAGCAGGCGUCGCCACUCUUUCAUCACUACCACAUUUCAUCGUUCCUCCGUCUAUCAGUGGAGUUGCUUUGCUAUUUGUAUAUACGACGGUUUUGUAAAUUUGGUUUUUGAAGUGUUUGCCUGGGCCUGACGUCACUAAGAUGGCGCAUGUCUCAUCCUCUCAUAUCCUAUUGAGAAACGAGUCUUAUGUUCCGUACGUCGGAAGAUUUUUUUAAUCUAUUUUAUGACAAUAAGGGACGAGACGAGCAUGGCAUUCAGCUGAUAGUAAUUGAUACGCCCUGCCCUUUACAAUGCCGUGCCGCUUAGGAUUCCUGAAGAACUCAAAAAUUCUGAGGGGCAUUACAAUUGCGCUCGUCACCUUGAGACAUAAGAUACUUAGUCUCAGACUCUACUUCAGACUGAAACACAAUAAUGUUUACACAUUACUGCUUCACGGCACGCCGUUUUGUUACCCAUAAUCUAGCUGGCAUUUGUGCAAAAGAGCCUCUCAUUGGUAAAUGCCCUUAGUUGCCCCUUACGCCACCCUUGGGCCUGGGACUUCCCUAUUCUUCUUAUGCCCCGAGGAAGGAUUUAUCGGAUGUAGUAAAUAAUCUUACUAAGUAAAUCAAUUCAGACUGUGUAACGUUUCCAAUACAUAUUUUUUGUUGAAAGUUAUUGGCUGUUUAAAACUUCUGUUUUAGAUUACUCACGAAAUGAAUGUAGACGCAAAUCCACUAAGGAAGUAGAUGUUUCGUACUGUACUGUUCUUCUGAGAUAAAUGAGAAUAAUAUUCGCAAUAAUAUAGUGGCGGGGUAAAAUUCGAAUCUUGUUCUUGAAAAGACUUGUAUACUAUAAAACUUGUUUAUUAUGUAACGCGGAUAUUGUAAUCGUAGGUAUUUUCAAAACCUGUGAAAAAAUGUAUUUAUUACUAUAUACCCUAUUUUAUAGUACUUACGUAUUAUUGUAAAUACGUCCUUGGUGUAUACGGAAAUGCUAAU